GUGAUUUGGUACACGUAGAAAGCAAUAUAACAAACUCAACAUGCCGAUGUUUUGCGUCGUGUAUGGUUGCUCAAAUCGAUCGAACCGAGAAAUCACAAAGAAGUUUUAUCGUGUACCAAAAGUAGUUGUGCACAAGGGGGAAAAAUGCAAGAAAUUGACCGAAAAACGCCGCAAAAAAUGGCUUGCAAACCUACGUCUAAGAUCGGGAGGAGCUGAAUCGAAAAAUGCCCGCGUGUGCAGUGAUCACUUCAUAAAAGGCUUCCCUAGUUCUUUAAACGACUUUGAGUCUGUAGACUGGGCCCCUACAGUUAAGCUUGGUUAUCAGAAAGGGAAGCCCGCGACAGAAGCAUCGCGAAAACGAGAGGAGAGGAUAAAGUCUAGGGUCGAUCAACAUAGACACGCAGAAUGUGCAGAGGCCUUGCUGGAUCUCCAUGAGUCAGCUGAGAACCCAGAGGACACCUCAGAGAUCUUACUUGAUCAACAAGAUGCAGGAUGCCAGACAGACCUAACCAUGGAUGACAUAGAGAGGAUGGAAGAUGUUCUGAAGCAAACCACUACAGAGCUGGGUGAUCUUCGGCAUAAAGCACUGGACACACAGCUUAGCCAGGAGUCUUUUCAGAAGAAUAAAGACAAGACAAAGUUUUACACUGGACUCCCCAACUUCUUAGUUUUAAUGCAGGUUUUUCAACUGUGUGAGCCUUAUAUCACCUGUGGCCAUUCGUCUGUGCUUUCUAAAUUUGAACAGGUCAUUUUAGUUUUGCUAAGGUUGAGACUAAACCUUCCUCUGAAAGAUUUGGCUUUCAGGUUCAAUGUCUCUUGCUCCACAGUUUCUAGAAUUUGGCACAAGUUAAUUGGCAUUCUUCAUGAGAGAUUGGAGUUUUUAAUUGAGUGGCCAGAGCGACAUGUACUUCAAUCCACAAUGCCAAUGGCCUUCAGGCAAGCAUUUGGAUGUAGAGUUGCUGUGAUCAUAGACUGCUUUGAAGUAUUUAUCGAACGACCUUCUAAUUUGCUUGCUAGAGCACAAACCUGGUCAAACUAUAAAACAUCGUCACACUGUGAAGUUUCUGAUCGGUGUUGCUCCCCAAGGUUAUGUCUCUUACAUAUCUCCAGCCUGGGGAGGAAGAGUUAGUGAUAAGCAGAUUACUGAAGAGAGUGACCUCCUAAAAAACCUUUAACCUGGAGAUAUUGUUCUAGCAGACCGUGGGUUUAACAUUGGGGAUAGUGUAGGAUUCUACUGUGCUUCACUACAGAUACCUGCAUUCACAAAGGGGAAAAGACAACUGUCAGCAUUCGAGGUGGAAGAAACUAGAAAAAUAGCUAAUGUACGUAUCCAUGUGGAAAGGGUUAUUGGAUUGGUUAGAAGGAAAUAUCAGAUUUUGCAAAGUAGGGCCAUGCCCAUCGAACACAUGGCAACAAAACUAGGCGAGUCACUGACAUUGAUUGAUAAGAUUGGAGUUAUUUGCUGUGCCUUGUCAAAUUUGUCUGAGUCUGUGGUCCCACUGGAGUAAAA